GCUCUUCUUCUUCUUCCUCCCUCCCCAACGUGAUGUCCUCCAAAAAGAAAAAGACUCCGUCAGGAUCAACCCCAACUCCGGUGGCCACCUCCACAGAUCCUCCUAAAAAGAUCAAACUUCCUAAAUCGUACAUUGUCCGCCCCCACCUGUCACCCAGUGGUAAAACAAUCUCUCAUAUUAUUCUUAAUGCAGAAAUCAUUCCUUCUCUUGCAUUGUCCAUUGGUGAGUUUAUUCUUGUUUCUCGUGAUGGAUCGCCUGGUAUUGUUGGUGUUGUCCAAGCAGGUGAUGUUGAACGAAACAUGAUUGAAGUAAGUGAUGAAUUUAGACAAUUGGCCGGUUUCUUACUUGGUGAUAGAGUCGACUUUACUAGUUACACCAGACAGCCACCAUAUGCCAAGUGUGUAUAUGUUUCUGAAGACAGUGACAAGAAACUUGAUAAGAAGACAUUGGAUGAUAUUGGAUUGGUUUACCCUGGAUUGAAUGUGAAUGGUUCUGUCAUUGUUGAUAUCGACUCUUCCCUUGAAUCUUCGCUUGACAAAUUGUCCCUUAACGAAGCUGCAGCAGAUACAGAGGUAGUGUCACCGCCAUACAUCUUUGUCAAAUCCACCACCAAACUAGAACCAACAUCGCAGACAACCCCACCAACUUCCAAAUAUCCUUACCUUCCCGACCCAAUCACCUACACCUCUGUAGGUGGACUCACAAAACAAAUUCAACUCCUCCAACAAACAAUCUCCCUCCCAUUGCAUUCCCCUACUUUAUUCUCCGAUUUCGGGAUAUCUCCACCUAGAGGGAUCUUACUCCAUGGACCACCCGGAACCGGUAAAACCAUGCUUCUUCGAUGUGCCGCCAACACCAGCAAUGCCCAUGUGCUAACCAUAAAUGGACCUUCCAUUGUCUCAAAGUACUUGGGAGAAACUGAAAACACCAUCAGGGACAUAUUUGCCGAAGCUAGAAAGUACCAACCAUCAAUUAUAUUCAUGGACGAGAUAGAUGCCCUUGUACCGUCAAGAACCGGAUCUGACGCUGGAGAAACUGAAUCUAGAGUAGUGGCACAAUUAUUGACCAUGAUGGAUGGUAUGGAUAAUGGUGGACGUGUCGUGAUUGUGGGUGCCACUAAUAGACCAAACAGUAUUGACAUUGCCUUGCGUCGACCAGGUAGGUUUGACACCGAAGUGGAAAUUGGAAUUCCUGAUAUUGAUGCCAGAACCGACAUUCUUAGCAAAUUGUUUGAUAGAAUGAACCAUGAUAAGUACCUGUUGACGAAACUGGAAAUUGAGCUCGUGGCAAGCAAGACUCACGGGUAUGUAGGUGCUGAUUUAUCUGCACUUUGUCGUGAAGCAGUCAUGAAUGCCAUCAAACAAGGAUUGGCCCAAGGCACACCCCAGCACGAGAUUAAGGUCACCGUAGACCACUUACUUGCAGCAUACCCUGACAUUCGUCCUUCAGCCAUGCGUGAGAUCUUGUUGGAAAUGCCAAAAGUACAUUGGACAGAUAUCGGGGGACAACAUGAACUUAAACAGAAACUUAUUGAAGUGGUUCAAUUGCCAUUGCAAGCUUCUGCCAGUUUUUCCAAACUUGGGAUAUCUGCUCCUAAAGGUGUGCUCCUCUAUGGACCACCAGGUUGUUCCAAAACCCUUACUGCAAAAGCAUUGGCCACGGAAUCAGGUCUUAACUUCCUUGCCGUGAAAGGACCAGAAAUCUUCAACAAGUACGUUGGUGAAUCAGAAAGAACAAUCAGAGAAAUAUUCAGAAAGGCCCGAGCAGCAUCACCCAGUAUUAUCUUCUUUGAUGAAAUUGAUGCUAUUGCCAGCGUGAGAGAUUCUUCUACCGAUGCAUCCCUGAAUGUGCUUACCUCCUUGCUUAAUGAAAUUGAUGGGGUUGAAGAAUUGAAAGGAGUGGUUAUUAUUGGUGCUACUAAUAAGCCAAGUGACAUCGAUCCAGCAUUGUUACGUCCGGGUAGAUUAGAUCGUCAUAUCUACGUUGCCCCUCCUGAUUUUGAAGCAAGAGUACAGAUCUUAGAGAAGUGCUGCAGCAAGUUUGACUUAGAUCAGAAUGAAGUCGACUUACAGCAACUUGCUAAACUUACCGAAGGGUGUUCCGGGGCUGAAGUCACCUUACUUUGUCAAGAAGCAGGUCUUGCCGCAAUCAUGGAGGACAAUCAAUGUUCUACUGUACAUAAACGUCAUUUUGACCAUGCAUUAGUAGGAAUCGCUCGAGGUAUUACUCAUGAAAUGUUACAAUACUAUCAAGAUUUUGCAAAUAGAUCGGGAUUAACUAUAUAAUUACUGUUGCUUACAUCCUUGCUCGAGGUCCUUGGCUAAAUCUUCUGGUAAAUCCUUAUCAUUGAAAUCAAGAUCAUUGCCAGCACCACCACCACCAAAUCCUGGUAAAAAUUCACCAUUGCCCACCAACUCUUCAGGAGGUUGGCCCAAUUCUUGUAAGGAUUCUAAAAGUUCAUUAACUUGGUCUCUUUUAGCUUUGUUAUCAUCACUAUAGUCAGCAGCUUCGAAAAUAGUAAUAAUCUCGGUAGUGAUUUCAUAUUGCUUAUUAUAUGUAGUGUAUUUAGCUUCAUCCAACUUAUCCUUGUUCUCUUUCAAGUAAUCGGGAAAUUUGGUAUUCAAAUCCUUGAUUGGUUCAUACAACACUUCUCUACUCGACAAUUGUUCCAACAUCUCUACCAACAACUUGUUCAUAUCUAAAUUAUCACCGUCUCCGCCUAAUCCAGCAAGCAUUUGUGUAAGUAAAUCUUCUCCACCAAUACCAGCACCGUCGCCACUAAUCUUGUCGUCGAUGUCUUUACCACUGUUUUUCAAUCGUUCCAUGGUUUCCUUCAUGACAUGUUCGAAAUUGGCUGGUUUACGUUCUUGUGCUUCAACUUCGGCACGAUGCUCAGUCUCGAACUGUGACACAAGUUGUUCAAAUUGGGUUUGGGUUUCUGGGUCAGUGAUGUUGAGAUCCUUGAUGAGGUCCGCAAUGCCAGAUUGCAAUUCAUCGUUGAGUGGCGCAUCAGCAGAUGUGCCUGCGGUUGUGGGGUUGGUUUUUGGUGAUUGGGCAACCCCGGCUCCUGGUGGUUUGCUGAGAACGUCGUCUGCAAAGUCGUCGAGAAGGUCGUCUAAAUCGUCUACAUCAUCGUCUGCAACAGCUGGAACAGCGGCCUUGGACACGGUAGCUUCCUUAGCAGCAGCAGCUUCUGGCUUAAUUGGAUUAACUUCGGUAGUAGCCUGAGUUUGGUCGGACAUUUGGUAUAAAGAAAGUGGUUGAUUUGAAUCUUCUGAUCGAAAAUUCAGCUUUUUUUUUUGUGCGGGGCCAUUUCUUUACCCGAGGUCAUUUACGGCGUUGCCUACCAUGUAUGUGUAUAUGAAUAUUUAUCUACACAAAACCUAAUACUACAACUUUGGUUUGGCAUUACCUCCUCCUCCUCCUCCUCCAGUAGCUUCCACGUUCACCUCCAAUCGACCAUUAUCAUCUUCUCCCUUUUGAUCCUUACCGAAAAAUACCACAGUCACAGUCAAAUCAUCUCGGUAUCUUCUACUGACUGGGCUAGGAAUGGAAAUAAGCAUGCUGGUUUGUUCUUUACUUCCUCCAUUGGAUAAUGCAUUUCUGAUUAAAUGGGUCGAUACGUUCUUGUCUUCUAACAAGAACAAUCCACUACUAUUGAAUCUUCUCCCCUGCGGUGGUUUCUUCAGGGACUUAUCGUUGGUGAUGUCAGCCACCUGUGGGAGCUUAUUCUCGUUCGUGCCAAAUAUAUCCCAAAUCGAAGUCUGUGGCUUAAUCAUCUUUUCUUUUUCCAUCCACUUCACAACUAAUCCGACAAUCUCUUCAUUGGUGAGCAUUUCGUAAAGCCCAUCACUGGCCAUAACCAAGAAAUCAUUGUUAUCAGGAUCAACCUUGGUCGAAGUGAUAACCGGCUCAGCAGUGACAUAAGGAGGUGACGUCAAGAAAUUGGGUAAUUUCUUGCCAAAGAAUUGCUUGUAUAUCUUUUCCUGAAUCAGUCCCGGUAAUUUAUAUCUACAAUCCCCAAAUGCUCUCGUUGGUUCUAGACUGCCCAACACUCUUCCAUUCUUGAUAACUUUAGGUUCAUCGGGGUGCUCACUGAUGAUCCGGGCAACUUCGGUAGGAUUUGAACCAGUCUGAUCUAUAGAUAAUUGCCGUACUGUCCAUUGAUUAUCGCGAAACAGCCCCAAUAUGGCCCGCGAGUCACCCGUGACCGCCACUUUUAAAAUCUUCAGAUGGGUAUCGUAAAACAGAACCAAGGCACAUGAUCCAGAAAGAGCCGGCAUGAGUAGUUCGGCGGCUUUGGCUUUGUUGUUUUCAUUUAAAAGUUUGGCAAUGUUUUCAUUAACCAAUUCGUGAUCGAGUUUAAGGAAUCCAUUCUUGAUUGCCUGGUCAAUGGUAGCACUAUUUGGGAUUAAUCUGACUUCUUCUUCGGUGUCCCCACUUUUGACACUCUUGAAUAUCGUUCCUAAUUCAUGAAUAACAUAUCCAAUCAAUUUAUCUCGUAAUUUGCUAGACGUGGUCCAGCCACCAUGUCCGUCAAACACCCCGAAAAACAUCCAGUCAGUACUGGCACGAAUGUUAUUAUCCUGCAACAACUGCACUUGAACAAUUUCCUCAGCUCUGUCAUCUUCAAUGGGCGAGUUCAGGGCUAGUUGGCAAAUAUCGUACCGGGUAACUCCCCGACCGCGAUUGACUAGAUAUGACUCUUCAAACUGACGAAGCUUUUCCAGCACUUGGUCUUCAGUGAGUAAAUAGAUCCCUUGCUUCGAAGUUGGAUUCUGCAAGAGUGAACUGGUGGAUGUAGAGAACAUUCUCUUGCCAUCGGGCGUACUAUUCUUUUCAAUUGGCUUAGCAACAGUAGGUAUGGUAUCCAAAUUGUAAUAAUCAGAGUGACUGAAACUGAUGAAUGAGCCAAUUAUAAUCACACCAGAAACCAAGGCCACUUUCUUCUUGUAAUCUCUGCUGCUGCUGCUGCUGGUGGUGAUUCGUUUCACGUUAUGGGGGAUUUGGUGGGUCAGGAAGUUCCGGGCAAAGUUGGCAAUGUGAUGUUUGUUAUAAGCCAUCCGUUGAAGUUGUUUUGCAGUGACGUACAAAAACCGCGGUUUGACCGCGAGAACGUACACCAUUACUAGGAUAUUGUAUAGAGGCUGUUGUGUUGUGUUGUGUUAUUGGU